GGAUCUAUUUUUUUUAUAUUUUCAGACGAAAAUGGGAGUUAAAAAACGGCCACGAUGUUUCUUUGACGUGACGAUUUCUGGAACUCGUGUUGGUCGAGUUAUAUUCGAGCUUUUCAGCGAUAUUACUCCGAUCACGUGCGAAAACUUUCGAGGCCUCUGCACAGGGGAGAAGGGACUAGGGAAAAAGACAGGGAAGCCACUGCACUAUGUUGGUUGCACCUUUCAUCGUGUUGUCAAGGAUUUCAUGGUUCAGUCCGGAGAUUUCUCAGAUGGUAAUGGUAAGGGUGGAGAGUCUAUCUAUGGGGGAACCUUCGAGGAUGAGAACUUUGAUAUGAAGCACGACAAGCCGUUCCUCCUGUCCAUGGCGAACAAGGGACCGAAUACCAAUGGUUCUCAGUUCUUUAUUCUUACCCAACCUGCUCCUCACCUAGAUGGGAUACAUACAGUCUUCGGGCAUGUAAUCUCAGGAAAGGAGAUUAUCUCUGAGAUCGAGGUGCUGCAGGUUGAUAAGAAAAACCGACCAAUGACUGAGGCCAGAAUAUUCAACUCCGGUGAACUUGUUCCGAAAUCCAAGGCUAAAAAGGAGGAAGAGUCUUCUUCUGAUAGUUCAAGUUCUAGCGAAGAUGAAGAAGAUGAUAAGGAGAAGAAGCGAGCAAAGAAAGAGAAGAAAAAGUCUAAGAAGGAAAAAAAGAAAGCUAAAAUGGCAGAAAAAAACGGUGUGGACGAGGAAGGGGAAGCGCAUCCUCUUGUGACUCUAACGAAGAUUGAUCCUGACGAGAUUCCAGAUGUUCCCAAGAAUCGGUUUCUGAACAGACAAAGAUCUCCUUCUAAAUCUGGGAGCAAAUCUAGAUCGAGGUCAAAAUCACGCCGACGACGAUCUCGAUCAGGUUCACGACGUCGUAGAUCAAGGAGCAGGUCGAGGAGGGGAAGGAGUGGUUCAAGGAGAAGGAGUGGUCCGAGGAAGGUUGGCGGGAAGAAGGUGAAGGGUCGUGGAUCCAUGAUGUUCCGAGCAAACAGUAGAAGCCGGAGUAGAAGCAUCACUCCUAUUCAUUGGAAACAGGCGGAACGGCGGACCGUGAGUAUGGCGGAAUACGAGAAAACUAGAAGAGAGAAGGAGAAACGAGAGAAGGAGAGGGAGAGAAGGGAGGAGGAGAGGAAAAGAGAUGAAGCACACCCAUACGUUCUUUAUAUCUUAUUUGUAUAUGGAAAUGUAGAGAUUUUAUUUUAA